CUCUUAUAGAAGCAAUAACAUAAUGUCUUCGUCUGGUUCGUGGACUGAAAAGGACAACAAAGCCUUUGAAAUGGCUCUUGCUGUUUAUGACAAGGAAACACCAGACCGCUGGCACAACGUUGCUCAGGCUGUUGGGGGAAAUAAAACCCCAGAAGAUGUGAAGAAGCAGUACCAAGUCCUUCUAGAAGAUCUCAAGCGUAUUGAGUCUGGCCAAGUGCCCGAUCCUCCUUACAAGUAGGAAAACAUAGGUACAAGUGCGUGUGUGUGUCUUUUAACCUUAAAAAAUAUCCUGUGUACGUACGAACGUUAUCUUUUGUCUUUAAAGAGACUUGGGUUUGUGCACGACCGUACGGUACCUUUGAUGUGUAGUGAUCAUCAAGUUUUGAUGGAGUAAUUCUCCUAU